AUGAUAAAGUUAAAAAAAUAUAAUCAAUCAAUAAAUAAAACAAAUAAAUUAAUAAACAAGAAGCACUAAAAAAGCAAAAAAAACAAAAACAAGAAAAUAUUUUAAAUGGGUUGUUAAAAUUCUACAGGUUAAGUUAGCACUAACGAAAUAAAGCAAGUUGAAAAGGUAGUUUUAGGUUAUUGGGCUUUCCCUUUGAGAGGUUAGCCAAUUAGAUACAUCUUAGAGCUUGCAAACUACCCUUACACAGAAACUAAAUACACUCCUUCUACUGCAACUGAAUGGUUCGGAAAAGAUAAACUAGAGCUUGGAUUAGACUUCCCUAAUCUUCCCUACUUGAUCCACGGAGACUUUUCAAUUACAGAGUCUUAAAAUAUUGUGAAUUAUUUGAUAUAAUUAACAAACCAAUAAAGUCUUUAAGGAGAAGGCGAAUUAAAAUAUAAAGUAGAUAAUAUAAGAUAUGUAUGCGAUGAUUUAAUUUCCAAGAUAUUCUUAUCAACUAGAAAAAAUGAUGAAGAAAAGAAAACUGAUCUUAAUACUUAAAUUAUUCCAAAAAUCAAAUAGUUACAAAAGGUUUUAGGCAACAAAAACUCCUUCUUCAACAAGUUAACUUUAGCUGACAUCUUCGGUUAUACAGCUAUUAAUAACUUCAAAAAGACCUAUCCUUAAGAAUAUGAAGAAUUCGCUUCUACUUUUGAUCCCUUGCUAAAAAGAUUCGAAGAAAUUCCCAUCAUUAAAAAAUAUCAUUAAUCUGAUAGAUACUUCAAAUGA